CUCUCAUAAAAGAACUUCUUCUGCCCUCGUCCAGCAAGACAUUCAUGGGCUGCUUUCCGUAUUAGUGUUCCAGUCCUAGCAUUUGUCCCCUCAAGCGCUUACCUAGACUCGAGCCAAGUUAGAGCUUCACCUGCCUUUGACCGACCGUGUUCCGAGGCCACCAGCGACCGUUCAUCCGCCAAACGCUGCUUCUUCAUCCUAGCCGGCCGCGCCCCACCACAUAAUGUCCUACUACCCAGGCCAAGGGUAUCAGGGUGGACAUCAGGGAGGAUAUGGGCCACCUCCAAACAGCGGAUAUGGUGGUUAUCCUCCUCCACAACAACCACACUAUGGCGGCUACCAACAGGCGCCUCCUUCCCCGCAGCCGCCGUAUGGCUACGGGACACCGCCGCCUCAGCAAUAUAGCGGCUAUCAGCAGAGUCCCCCACCUCCGCAAGGGGGUUAUGGAUAUAGCCAGCCACCACCACCACAGCAAAGCUACGGUCCACCGCCCCCUCAGGGCAAUUACCGACCCCCACAAGGAAAUGCACCCCCUCAGUAUGGCAACUCGUACAACCAAGGAGGCCAUGGCGCCCCUCCUCCGCCACCGAGUUCGGCACAACAAUUCGGGCAUGGCGCUCCUGGAAACUACACGUUCCAAUACUCGAAUUGUUCGGGCCGAAGAAAAGCGCUCUUAAUUGGUAUCAACUAUUUCGGACAGCGAGGACAAUUGAGAGGAUGUAUCAACGACGUGAAGAACAUGUCUUCAUAUCUCAACCAACAUUUCGGCUACAAGAGGGAAGACAUGGUGCUUCUUACCGAUGACCAGCAGAAUCCCAUGAGCCAGCCGACGAAAGCAAACAUACUACGAGCUAUGCACUGGCUAGUCAAAGGCGCUGAGCCUAACGACUCCCUUUUCUUCCACUACUCGGGCCAUGGAGGUCAAACCAAGGAUUUAGACGGUGACGAAGAGGAUGGCUAUGAUGAGGUCAUCUAUCCAGUAGACUUCCGAACUGCUGGUCAUAUCGUGGAUGACGAAAUGCACAGAAUCAUGGUCGCACCAUUGAAACCAGGUGUGCGAUUAACGGCCAUCUUCGACUCUUGUCACUCCGGCUCCGCUCUCGACCUUCCCUACAUUUAUUCUACCCAAGGUCUGCUCAAAGAGCCUAACCUUGCCAAAGAAGCAGGUGCCGGCCUCCUCGGCAUUGUAUCGUCGUAUGCUCGUGGCGACAUAGGAGGUAUGGCGUCCACCGCCCUAGGUCUGUUCAAGAAGGCCGUCUCUGGCGAUGAAGUGUACCAGAAGAACUUGCGUACGAAGACUAGCCCUGCAGAUGUCAUCAUGUGGAGUGGUAGCAAGGACAGCCAGACCUCGGCUGAUGCUUCUAUCUCCGGUGAGGCCACUGGUGCUAUGUCUUGGGCCUUCAUCACCGCGCUCAAAAAGAACCCGCAACAGAGCUACGUACAGCUGCUAAAUAGUAUUCGCGAUGAGCUUCAAGGUAAAUAUCAGCAGAAACCGCAGCUGAGCUGCUCACACCCGCUGGACGUAAACCUUUUGUAUGUCAUGUGAGCUAGCAUUAGAACACGGAACGGUAAGGACGUCCAGACGUGUACAUGAUGAAACGUGCACAUAAUUACCUGGUGGACUUUGAUCAUUACGGUCGUUAUUAUGCAUGCGAAGUGUAUUCUUGACGGGAAAUCGGCCCCUUCUUAUGAUCGGUUUGCUUCUCUUUCCGGAAAUGGGACAAUCAUGUCUAAGUCCUCGAGAACAUUGCUGUACCAAGACACUUCCAAAACUAGGUCGAAUGCAAUGAAUCUUUUACGUCCAAAGGCCUUUUGCUUGGAAUCAUGCUCCGUAAAUGUCAAGGCAAGUAUUGAUGAGGGAAAUUAUCAGCUGCUGCCUAGGCCAGUUAUUAAUGAUCGAACAACAGGACAGGAUCUGGCUAAGGAGAAUAAGGUAUAUAAUCAAAAGCCUGAAAGGUUCUGGCACUCCCCGGUGGAAGCCUGGCCAUGUCCCUAGCAUGUUGAUAUCGAGCAAAAUAAAAAAACCAGCGGAGUAUAUGCCGAGGUCGCGCUGCUAUGAUCUAAUUUCACAUUGUUGGAUUAAUUUGUUACACGAUGGUUCGAGCCGUUCCGAUCAUGAUGCAGCCUGAGGACACAAAAACGAUUAGAAGAAGCAGAAGAAGGAGAAGAGACUAGAUCUCCAACUUGAAUUUCGAGGAAAAGCCGACGGUGUCUCUCGUGAAUUCAUUGGCCAAACUGGCCUAUGCCGUGAGGUAUUAUAUAGGCUGCCUUUCUCGUGAUCCAAUUCGUCGAAAUGGUUUGGGAAUGUCUAUAUUCACUUUCCAUGAAUCGGAAACCCCGUAUGCAAACUCGCAAACAAUUACGAGUUUAAGAUCAGUUCAACUUGCCAGUGUGCUCCGGAACGCUCGAGAAUCACAUUUGGGUCUUUUUUUUCGCGUUUUCUAGCGAGAAAACCCACCAUGACGCUCACUGGCGGGCUAGUCAUUGUCUAUAUUUGGCUGACCACGUUUAACUUUGCAUUCAAUCACUGAGGUCGUUUACGCAGUCGUGUAAGGUUCAAAUUUAGACAGUUGCGUAACUUGAUUGACCAACUCUUUCUCCGCUUGCCCUGGUGCUUGAUGACGACCUGCUGGGGGUUCGGAUUCAAUUACGAUAUGAUGUACACUCUGAAGCCGCGUUCAUGUCAAAUUCACUGUGGGCACGAACGGGAAGCCACUGACGAGGAUGGCGAGGUCAGUCCAGUCGUGGCACGUGGAUUACGUGUUGUCUGAUUGAGCUCUAAAAUCCGCUUGGGGUCAUCGAUGUCGAUUACACGAAACUCCAGAAAAUAGUUUACUAUAUACGUCCCUGGAUAUCCUUCAAUCCCCCAUUCAGCACACUUGUGGUUGACGAUAAAUUGGCCGUCACUGUCG